AUGUCAUUGCUGUCGGACAGGCAGAAGGAGGAGAUGCACCGCGCAAUGCUCUCUUACCUUCAGGCUGUCGGCAUGAACGAUACCUUCGCAGUGCUGGCACGGGAAGCCGACAUGACCGACUUUGACCCAAGCGAGGCCAAGGAAAAGUACUCUGGGCUGCUUGAGAAGAAGUGGACGAGCGUUAUUCGCUUGCAAAAGAAGAUUAUGGAUCUCGAGUCGCGAAAUGCCGCCUUGCUGGCGGAACUCGCAUCACCCACGCGUCCGACUGCUUCAGCCUCUAGUUCUGCGCCCUUCAUCCCACGCGCACCACCACGGCACACGCUCCAGUCUCACCGCGGAACAAUUACAAGAGUGGCCUUCCACCCGACGUGGACCGUGCUGGCGAGUGCCAGCGAGGACGCUAGCGUUAAGAUUUGGGAUUGGGAAAGCGGGGACUUUGAGCGCACGGUCAAGGGCCACACCAAGGCCGUCACGGACGUCGACUUUGACCCAAAAGGAAAUGCGAUGGCGACGUGUUCUACUGACUUGACUAUCAAGCUCUGGGAUCCUGCAAAUGAGUAUAAGAAUACGAAAACGCUGCACGGCCACGACCACUCGGUCUCGAGUGUGCGCUUCAUGCCAACUGGCGAGCAGUUGAUAUCCGCCUCGCGGGACAAGACCAUCCGGGUCUGGGAUGUGUCCACAGGUUACUGCAUCAAGACAUUGAUCGGCCAUUCCGACUGGGUGCGCGAAGUUGUGCCAUCGGAGGACGGGCGAUGGCUCGUCAGCGCGUCGAACGACCAGACUGCACGCGUAUGGGAUAUCGCGUCUGGCGAGACCAAGGCGGAGCUGCGAGGACACGACCACGUUGUCGAGUGUGCCGUCUUCGCACCAGUCGUGUCGUACGCAGCUAUUCGUGAGCUGUCCGGGCUGCCCGCUGCAGCUGCUGGUAACCGCGCGAAAGCACCAGGAGCAUUCGUGGCCACUGGGUCACGCGACAAGGCCAUCCGACUGUGGGACGCUGUGUCAGGGCAAUGCUUGCGAGUCUUGUCUGGGCACGACAACUGGGUGCGCGCGCUGGUCUUCCACCCUUCCGGGAAGCACCUGCUGUCGGUAUCGGACGACAAAACGAUCCGGAUCUGGGACCUCGUCAACGGUCGGUGUAUCAAGACCAUUGAUGCGCACGGUCACUUUGUCUCUUGCAUGGCAUGGGGCCGGGCACUGAUGGGUGGAACAGACACCGGCGACGGAAAGGCGAACGGUAGCCAAGAGCCGCGCAGAAUCAACGUCAUUGCGACUGGUUCUGUGGACCAGACAGUUAAGAUUUGGACGCCAUAA